GGCGCCUCCGCCACCCUCAGCAAAACAAAGGGGCGGGGCCACAGGGGUCCCCUGAGGCCCUCCCGCCUCGUCCCCCCCGCCUGACCGGAAGGAUGCGCUCCCGGAAGUUCCGGUGCCGUCGCUGUGUGGGAUAAACAGUCAUGGCGGAGGCUGCGGCUCCGGGAACAACAGCGGCAACACCGGGAGCAGCGGCCACGGCCUCCAGCCCCGCAGCCGCGCCCCCCGCGCCGCCGGCUGCAGCGGGGCCGGGAGGAGGCGGCGGCUGGACCAAGCAGGUCACCUGCAGGUAUUUCAUGCAUGGGGUUUGCAAGGAAGGGAACAACUGCCGUUACUCCCAUGAUCUCUCCACAAGUCAGUCUGUUAUGGUAUGCAGGUAUUAUCAGCGAGGAUGCUGUGCUUACGGAGAUCGUUGCCGAUAUGAACAUACCAAGCCAUUGAAGCGGGAAGAAGUGACUACUGUGAAUCCAGCUGCAAAAUCUUAUCCAUCAGCAUCUUCAGACCUCCCGUCUGUCCCUGAAGCACUUGAAGCAAGCACUGGUGAGACUGACCUUGAAGAUACAGAUCUGGCAGCUACAGGAGCAGGUGCUGAAGACUGGGUGAAUGCUGUAGAAUUUGUCCCUGGGCAGCCAUAUUGUGGACGUGCUGCCCCUUCCUGCAUCGAAACACCCUUGCAGGGAAUGGUAAUUGAGGAAGAGUAUGAAAAGCAGCAAGCAAAUGUGGAGAUGAAGAAGCAACUGUGCCCCUACGCUGCAGUAGGAGAAUGUCGUUAUGGAGAGAACUGCGUGUAUAUCCAUGGGGAUGUGUGUGACAUGUGUGGGUUGCAGGUCCUACAUCCAGUUGAUGCUGCCCAGAGAUCCCAACACAUAAAGUCUUGCAUUGAGGCUCAUGAGAAGGACAUGGAGCUCUCAUUUGCCGUCCAGCGUAGUAAAGACAUGGUGUGUGGGAUCUGCAUGGAGGUGGUAUAUGAAAAAGCCAACCCCAGCGAGCGCCGCUUUGGGAUCCUCUCCAACUGCAACCAUACUUACUGUCUCAAAUGCAUCCGCAAGUGGAGGAGCGCUAAACAAUUUGAGAGCAAGAUUAUAAAGUCCUGCCCAGAAUGUCGGAUCACAUCUAACUUUGUCAUUCCAAGUGAGUACUGGGUGGAGGAGAAGGAAGAGAAGCAGAAACUCAUUCAGAAAUACAAGGAGGCAAUGAGCAACAAGCCAUGCAGGUAUUUUGAUGAAGGCCGUGGGAGCUGUCCAUUUGGAGGGAACUGUUUUUACAAACAUGCAUAUCCUGAUGGUCGCCGAGAGGAGCCACAGAGACAGAAAGUGGGAACAUCGAGUAGAUAUCGGGCCCAGCGAAGGAAUCGGUUCUGGGAAUUCAUUGAGGAGAGGGAGAGCAGUGAUCCCUUCGAGAACGAUGAGGAUGAGGUUGUGACCUUUGAGCUCGGCGAGAUGUUGCUCAUGCUUUUGGCAGCAGGAGGUGAUGAUGAGUUGACAGACUCCGAGGACGAGUGGGACUUGUUUCAUGACGAGCUGGAAGAUUAUUAUGACUUGGAUCUAUAGCACCUGUCAGCGGAGUUUGGACUGUCUGCUCGGCAUCAGGCAGUAGCUCUUUCCUGUGGUGUUGUGGCAGUGCCUGUGUUUCUCCUAGGCAGGCCUAUCAAUUCCAGGUGCUGUUGUAAUAACUUUUACCCAGGGUCUGUCUCCUCCCCUUGCCCCAGGAGUGUUUGUUUUUCUCUGUUUAAACAAAUAACAAGAAAUCUUUAAAACGUUAGUUUUUGUAAAAUGAAUUAACUGUCAAACAGUUAGCUUAGGUUUGUUGCUUCAUCUGUGUUCCCGACAGGAUUCACCCAGUUCCAGGGUUAAAGUGUUUACAGACUUCCACACUCAUCUUGAAGAGCCCAGAUACAAAAAUGAGAGCAGUGGCCAUGCAGUGGGGGAUAUAAAUUGGCCAGUGGCCUUUUUCUGCUGUGGACUUCAAAUCAAUACUUCCGAUUUUAGGCCAGACACACGUACUUCUUGCUGGCUUCAGCUCUGUUCCAACCCCCUCAUGUACACAUCUUCAUUUGUGGUUUUGGUCUCUUGUUUACUUGCACAUUACUAUUACUACUGUGUAACCAGAACCAGGUGCGAAUGUUCCAGGUUUUUACUGUGUUUAGCAUGAAAGGAAAAUGUGUUUGUACGUGAAAGGAGAACUUUCAAUGUGUAUAAACAAAUAAACGCAGAGUUGGAUCUCAA